AUGAAAGCUGAAGCAUGGGUGUUGGGAAUAGAAAAGUUGUUUGAAGUAUUUCCCUAUACCGAAGCCCAGAAAAUGCAACUUGCUGCCUUCACUCUUGAAGAUGAAGCACGAAGAUGGUGGAUGCUUAAGAGGACUAUACACCAGGGAUUGACAUGGGAUAGGUUCUUGGAACUGUUUUAUGAUAAGUAUUUUCCACAACGCAUGCGAGAUAAGAAGGUGACAGAAUUUGAAACCCUCAGGCAAGGCAACAAGACCGUUGCGGAGUAUGAAGCCCAAUUUGCAGAACUAGCUCGAUUUGCACCUCAUAUGGUGGAUACAGAUUAUAAGAAAGCUCGAAAAUUUGAAGGGGGAUUGCGGAAUGCUAUCCUGGACCGAGUCAAUAUGUUGAAGCUACCUACCUAUGUCGAUGUGUUGGAGAGGGCUAUUAUAGCAGAGGGAAACAUUGCUGCUCAGAAUCGGAUUUUCGAGUAG